GUGUCAUUGAAUUUUAAUGAUUCGUGUCAAUCCGUCAAGAAUUUUGUCUUCGGCAGUAUUUUGAUGAAGAAUAAUUAUUUAAUGUUGUGAAACGGAGAAAAUAAACCGCAAAAAUGAAGAACAGAUUCAACACUUAUGAUAUUAUGUGCAUGGUCACAGAAUUACAAAGACUGAUUGGCAUGCGAGUGAACCAAGUGUAUGACAUAGACAACAAGACAUAUGUGAUCCGCCUGCAGAGGUCGGAGGAGAAAAGUGUGCUACUCUUGGAGUCGGGCAACAGGUUCCAUACCACACAGUUUGAGUGGCCAAAGAAUGUUGCUCCUUCUGGAUUUACUAUGAAGCUCCGAAAACAUUUAAAAAACAAACGUCUGGAGAAGCUCUCGCAGCUGGGCAUCGAUCGUAUCGUAGACCUGCAGUUUGGCAGCGGGGAGGCGGCGUAUCAUGUGAUACUCGAGUUGUACGACAGGGGUAACAUAGUGCUCACUGACUACGAGUGGACUAUACUCAAUGUACUCCGGCCCCAUGUUGAGGGGGAUAAAGUUAGAUUUGCAGUAAAAGAAAAGUAUCCGCUGGACAGAGCGAAGACUAGCUACGCAGCGCCAUCUGUCGACGCUCUGCAGGAGAUACUUACAAACGGCAAACCAGGAGAUAACUUGAAGAAAGUGCUUAAUCCUAAAUUAGAAUUCGGUGCAGCAAUUAUAGACCAUGUCCUACUAGAGAAUGGUCUGUCAGGCACCAUGAAGAUUGGCAAGGAGCCCGGCAAGGGGUUCAGCAUGGAACAGGAUCUGGAGAAGCUGGUGAAGGCGCUGAAACAGGCUGAAGAACUGCUCGAUGUCGCUAGGACACAGGUGGCUAAGGGCUACAUAACUCAGAAAAAAGAGACCCGUCCCAACCCAGAUGGAGAGGGCACCAGUUUCCUGCUCAUCGGGCAGGAGUUCCACCCGAUGCUAUUUGCUCAGCACCGAGAGAUGCCCCACGCUGAACACGAGACCUUUGACCGAGCUGUCGACGAGUUCUUCUCCACUCUAGAAGGACAGAAGAUUGAUAUGAAGACGGUACAAGUGGAACGCGAAGCCCUGAAAAAGCUGCAAAACGUGCGCAAUGACCAUGAGAAGCGAGUGUCGGAGCUGUGCCGGGUUCAGGAUGAAGACCAGAAGGCUGCUGAGCUGAUCUCCCGGAACCAACCACUCGUGGAGCAGGCGAGGUUGGCUGUGCAGGCUGCUAUUGCUAACCAGAUGUCAUGGGACGACAUACAACUCCUGGUGAAGACUGCCCAAGACAACGAGGAUCCCAUAGCGUCCUGCAUCAAGCAAUUGAAGCUGAACACCAACCACAUCACGCUGUUGUUGACUGAUCCUUAUGAGGAAGAGGAUCUCAAGCCUAUGCUCGUGGAUAUCGACCUGUCACUCACUGCCUAUGCUAAUGCAAGGAGGUACUAUGACCAAAAACGCAACGCGGCCAAAAAACAGCAGAAGACGAUAGAAUCCGCCGGCAAAGCGCUGAAGAGUGCUGAGCGGAAGACCAAGCAGACGUUGAAGGAAGCCCACACCGUCAGCAACAUCAUCAAGGCCAGGAAGACUUACUGGUUCGAGAAGUUCUUCUGGUUCAUCUCUUCUGAUAAUUAUCUGGUGAUAGGCGGUCGCGACCAGCAACAGAACGAGUUGUUGGUGAAGCGGUACAUGCGCGCGCGCGACCUGUACGUGCACGCCGAGGUCACGGGCGCCGCCUCCGUCGUCGUGAAGAACCCCACCGCGGGGGACGUGCCGCCCAGGACCCUGGCUGAAGCUGGGCAGGCUGCUGUAGCUUACAGCGUGGCCUGGGAAGCGAAAGUCCUGACCCGUGCGUGGUGGGUGUACGCGUCCCAGGUAUCGAAGUCCGCACCCACUGGAGAGUACCUCACCACCGGCUCCUUCAUGAUCCGUGGACGCAAGAACUACUUGCUACCUGACCAUCUGCAGUUCGGGUUCAGUUUUAUGUUCCGGUUGGAGGACAGUUGCAUAGAGCGACAUCGUGACGAACGCAAGCCUAUAGCGUUGGACGACGCGUCCGUGGUCACCUCCACACAGGAACUGGAGGAAGACCAGGAGAUACUCGUCUCUGAUGAUGACGAGCAAUCAGACAAAGAAGAUGAGAAACAAGACUCCAGCAAGUUAGACGCUAUCAGAGAAGAGCCACAACCACCUGCAGAAGGCGCAGAAGACAAAGAAGUACAGGAGACAGAACAGAGGGAGAUUGAGAAAGAGAAAGAGAGUGAAAAGAAGGAAGAGGAUUCGGAUGAUGACAGUGAUUCUUCUGAAGAAGAUGCUCUCGAUACACAUAUUAAGGUGGACCACGGUACCGGCCAGGUGUUCGUCCGAUCUACAUCGAGAACAAUUUCCGAAAUGUCCGACAGAAGCGAAGACAAAAUGCCAUCAUUCCCGUCGUUACCAAAGAAGGGCGGUAAGAAGCAGCCGCAGAAGCAACAGCAGAAGACGAAAGAAGAUAAACAGGAGAAGAAAGAAGGAAUGAAGCGCGGACAGCGCAGCAAGUUGAAGAAGAUCAAGGAAAAGUACAAGGAUCAGGAUGAUGAGGACAGGGCUAUUAUGAUGGAACUGUUGCAGUCGGCUAAAGGCGAGAAAGAAUCAAAGAAGGCGCAGAAGAAGGCUGCAGCAGCCAAGGCCAACAAGGUGAAGGUGCCCAAGGGCAGCAAGAUCCCGCAGCCCGCGCCGCUACUACUGGAGGCGGACUCCGACCCUGAGGACCUGGAGAAUGAACCUGAUCUGGAGCAGACAGGUCCGGACGCGGACUCCGAGCUCCUGAACCAGUUGACCGGAGUACCGCACGAGGAUGACGAGCUACUCUUCGCCGUACCUGUCGUGGCGCCGUACUCCGCGCUCGUCAACUACAAGUACAAAGUAAAACUAACGCCUGGCACGGGCAAGAGAGGGAAGGCAGCGAAGACAGCAGUGCAGGUGUUCCUGCGAGACAAGGCGGGCACUGCCAGGGAGAAGGAUCUACUCAAGGCGGUGAAAGAAGAGAACAUCGCCCGUAACUUCCCCGGCAAAGUGAAGCUAUCUGCGCCCCAGUUGCAUAAGCAUAAGAAAUAGGGUUUAGGUAGGAUACCGUAAAACGGGGUGAAUAGGGUUCGAGAGGUGAAUAGGGACAGAAGAGAGGUGAAUAGGUAUAGGGGAAUUCUUCAUAGUAUCUAUUCACCCCUCUUCUGUCCCUAUUUACCUCUCGAUCCCUAUUCACCCCAUUUUACCGUUAGUUUUUAUAUGAAAUCUAGCCUUUUUUUGCGUUCUACUCAAAGAGGUUAGUAUGAGUUUGUUUAACGAGACCGAAAUCGUUACCGCGUUUAGCGCUCAGGGUCCUCAGAACGAGUUUGCUUUACCUUCAACGAGUUUGAAACAUAAGCGCGUUCGGCGCUCUGAUUGGUUGGUUCAUUCGAGCCGGCCAAUCAGAGCACCGAACGCGCCCUCGUUUCGAUUUCGUUAAACAUAAAGUAAACUCGUACCAAGGGUACUGAUUGGCCUGCUUUGUUGAACUAACCAAUCAGAGCGCCGAAUGAUGAUUCGAUCUCGUUAAACUAAUAACAAACUCAUACUAAGCUCACAGGUACUAUUUCAGUAGAUUUUCCAAUUUUUUUUUAACAUUACACUUUGUCCUAUCGGUAAUACAAAAAUUAUGUAAUUUGGUACAGCCGUUCCAGAGUUAUGAAUGAAAGCCAAAGCUAAAUAAAAAAAUACCGACUUACGGCCGUUUUCAAGAACCUAUGUAUGUUUUAUUAUAACUUUCGUGAGACAUACUAUAUUAAUUAUUAUGUUAUCGGCUUACUAUUACUGCUACUCAGUAGCAGCGCGACAGUCGUCGCAUGUAUGCGGAAUGCUGCUCAUGAAUAUGAAUCUCUAGCAUGCUGAUCCGGAGCUGCGGACUACCUAGCGGGUUUACCGGAGCUCCGGGUCGAAAAGCAGGAAUAGGAACGGGGUGGUUUUUAGUCAGUAAGAGUUUGACACUCCCUCUCGCCUUGCCCAAGGCGGGAGAAGUCAUUGGAUGAUUUUCCCCCCACAAAAAAAAAGCAUGGUUUGAACCGGAGCUGCGGACCACCUAGCUGGUUUACUGGGGCUUCGGCUCGAAAUGCAGGAGUAGGAACAGGAUUAGUUUUAGUCAGUAAGAGUCUGACACUCCCUCUCGCCUCGCCCAAGAUGGGAGAAGUCAUUGGAUGAUAUUUCCCCCUCAAAAAAAAUAAAAACAUGGUUUGAAACUAGGCGACGUCCUCUUCCAACUAUUAUGUGAGUAAGCCGAUAACAUAAUAACUAACCUAUAUGUGCUUAUGUAGAUUUUCUUAUUAGAUAUAGUAGUUUACACAUUUUGUAUGGAGUUUAUAUCAAUCUCAGUAUCUUUAGUGUCGAAGCAAGUUAUUCAAUUCCUUAAACUAAAUUUGUAUGUGCAAUAACAAACUCCCAUUUUCUCUCCCUAAAUUAAUACGUUUCAUAUAGUGAGAAAUCCCGAUAUUCUACAAUAAUAAUGUAAAUAUGUAAUGUAUCUAUCUACUAUUAAUUAUUAUUUAAUUUGAAAAUAAAACCUUUCCAAUCAAA